AUGGUUCCUUUAGCUCCACCUUUGAUGUCUACUACCAAAGUAGCCAUGCCUCCACCUACUACCAGUUACUCAACCUAUUCUGCCACUUUUACCUCACCCACAUACGAAGCUAUUCUUAAGUCUAAGAAUUUGGAGGAUCUAAUAAUUUCUUCUCAAUCUAUUGAUACUCCUGAUAAUGAUGUUAUUGAGUUGUGGAAUAAGGAUCAAACUAUUGAAGAUUUUGAUUUUGGUCUAAUUCCAUUCGAUAAUUCUGCUGAAGAUAUGACUGAUAAUUCUAUAAUUUCUGUGAUGACUGAAAUGCUAGAGAAGAUGUUUGUUGACCAUGAAACAAAGGUGAAAAAGAUUGUUGAUGAUAGCCUUAUUGAGAUUCAUGAUGGACUUUCUGAAUUUAAGUCUUAUGUCGAAGUGCAAAUCAUGUUGAAAACUUGUGUUGAUCAAUUUUCUCUUGACAUCAAAACUCUUAUCGAAGAUGUUAGAUCCUUUAACAAGGACUAUACAAUGAAGAUGUUGCAAACUGAUGAAACUUAUUUGAAGCCAUUUCAAGAUCUUAAGUUGAGCACUGCCAUGUUGGAGAAAAUGAUUCAUACAUUUAACCUUCCUCAUAAUUUUGCUAAAACUCCUGCACAUAAGCAUAUUAAGAUCAGAUUUCACUCAAAUCAUGCCCAAGAGGAGGAUAAGGUUUGGUCUUUAAACGAUAUUGUCAAGAUUCUUAACAUAUCGAAGGAUAUGAUGUUUGAUAAUGCUUUUCAAAACAUUCGAUUCAAGGUGGUUAGAGGAGAUCAGUAUUUUCAAAUGGCUUUGAUAGGCAUUGAGCUUGCUAAGGAGUUCAAUACGACAACUCAUAUACCAAGAAAAAUGAAGACAACUGCAGUCAACAUAAAGCGGGAGAAUGUAGAGUUAAUGUUGUGUUGUAUGUCGAAGACUUCGAUGUAUGCUUUACUUUGGGAUGCAAAUCAUGCAGAAGACGAAAAUCACUUCGUUGGUGAAGAUAUAGAGGUUAAUAUUGAUUUUAGUGAAGAACAACCACAUGUUACACAUGAUUACAUUUCUUCUGGUUGCACCUUGUAUUGGAAUUCUAUUGUUUCAAACGAUAUCAAACUAAAAGUUACAUCAAAAUUUAAUUCAUAUGGUGAAGCAAGAACUAUGACAACCACCAACUUUACCCCUUACAUCCUCUCCAACGAUGUCACCCUUAUGACUCCCUCCGGCGCCACCAUCUCCCCUCCACCAUCACACAGCUGCCAUGCCACGUUUCCGAUUAGCCAAGGCUACCAGCAACCUCAACAGUAUCAAAGUCACUUCGCGAUUUCUUCUUUUGCUUAUGUUGCCCUCUAG